ACAAGAUGCUGAUGUAAUGAUAUCAUGUGGGGUUGACCUGAGGACAAAGCAUAUAUAGCUUGUGUUGCAGGAAACACCAGCAGCACACCACUUCUGCUGUCUGUGCAAACAAACAUGUCCUCUAACUUGCUGACUUGACUGCUCAACUUUGAUGAAUAAUUUGUCGUUCUGAACUCAACAGGUUAUUGUGGUGAUCAUUUUGAGCUUCUUUGACAUGAUGAUCUUUACUUUGUUUGUGUUGCAGUUUACUGGUACAACAAGCCAAAAGAGUCUUUUUUUCUUCACAUAUCAUUCUGUAAUGUUGUCUGUGUUGCAGCCAAAGGCUAAUAUUACCACUUAUUUGCAGUAUCAAGCAUCACAUGAGAUAAUGUUGUUUGGCACAUUAUCUGUGGGAUCAAGCUGCUCUUUCUUCUACAUUAACAGUGUUUUGCUGUUCACCCUGAGGUCAAAGCAGGUGUUCUGUGAGACAUCCCGUUACAUCCUGCUGUUCAACCUGCUCUUUGCAGACACUGCUACACUGGUGUCGAACCUUCUACUAUACUUUCUGGCUUCUUUACGGAUAAAAAUUUCAUAUUAUGCAUGUGGUCCCCUCAUUCUGCUCUCAGUUUUCACCAUCACCAUCUCCCCUCUCACCUUGGCUGUGAUGUCAUUUGAGAGAUUUGUGGCUGUGUGCUAUCCUCUGAGGCAUGCUGCCAUCUUUACCAUGAGAAGCCUGAGCAUCAUCAUUGCUCUGGUGUGGGCCUUCAGUUUUAUUCACAUCCUCAUUCGAGUUUUUAUGCUGUUAUAUGUGUUCACAACAACCUCCCUUGAUCUGCAUAUGAAUGACUUUUGCAGUAAGGAAGCAAUGUUUUUUGUACCAAUCUUUAAUGAUUUUGAGGAAGCAUAUUCCAGCAUUCUCUUCCUGUCAGUUGGUGCUGUAAUCUUUGCCUCCUACAUUGGUGUAGUUCUGGUAGCCAGGUCUGCUUCAACAGACAAAGCCUCAGCUAGAAAGGCUCUUCAAACACUUCUGCUUCACCUGAUUCAACUUUGCCUGAUUCUUACCUCCACCUUGAACACCACCAUCAUGGUAGCCAUUGCAAAAACACUUGGGAGAUUAGCCCUCAUGCGGAUUUACAAUGUAUGCUUUGUGUGCCUGACUAUCCUUCCAAGAUGUCUGAGUGCUCUCAUCUAUGGGCUCAGGGAUCAAACCAUCAGGCCUGCCCUCAGGCAAAAUCUGUGCUGUCGAUGGAGAUGCUCACUUUUCUGAAACAAGAGCCACUGACAAUUUCAAGUGAAUGCUUUUUCAAUACACACUCUGCUUUUCAGCAUGUUACACCAUGUUGCUAAAUGUAGAAAAAGGACAAUAAUGACUAUAACUACUACAACAACAACAACAACAAUAAUAAUAAUAACUAAUAAAAAUAAUAAUCUGUGGUUAUUCACCAUUUACAAAAGUGAUAAUUGUAUGGAAAGAUUUUGUAUUAUUGGCUUUAUUACAUGUCAUGUCUGUUAAUUAUUAAAUCAAUAAAUGUGUUCUUGCAUAAUAUCGGCAGUUUAUUAUUUCUGUCCUCAGACAGUUGUGAUCAUAAGAUUCAGACAGAAACAAAAAAGUACAGAUGAAAAACACAAAUGACAAAUAGCAUAAAAAGUAAGUACAAGUAAUGUAUUCUCUGAUUUCAAAUUGAAAAAGAUGUUAGCUACGCAUACAGAAGUGUUGAAAGACUUUGUUUUUGCUAUAUCUGCCAGGUAUUUUUUGUCCAAUCAGAUGUAUGUACUCACAGGAGGCCCACAAGCUGUACAGCUCAAUUUUUAGUGUUGUAUAAAGUACCCAAUAGUCAUACUUGAGUGAAAUCUUUAAGUAUCUGAUACCUACCUAAGUAUCGAAAGCAAUUUUAUGCCAAUAAAUGUGAUUAAGUAUCAAAAUGACCACUAAAAGUAAAUUAUACAUAUAUUUACAUGUAUGUAAUAUUGUAUCAUAUAGGUUGAACAAUUAUGGGCCUGGCCAAUUAUUAGGUGUGACAGUCAGCAUUUUUCUGGUUCAGCAUGCAGUCAGAAAAUUAACUAUUUACUUUUCAAUUAAUCUAAUGAUUUAAAAGUACAAUAUUUGCCCCCAAAAUCUAGAGUAAUUAAUAUGAAGUAGCAGAAAAGGGAAAUACUAAAGUAAAAUAUGAGUUCCUACAAAUAAGUAAAGUACUUAAGUAAAUUUCUUUAGUUACACUCCAUCACAGGAUUUACCACAUUUACUCCUUUUAAUUUGUCUGGCAGUGUGUUUAAAUGUGACAUUAGUGAGUUUAGAAUUUUUUUAAAAUAAGAAUUUAAACAUUCUAUAUGUUACUUUUAACUGGUUAUGAAUCAAUUUAACUCUGGUGGCAGUGUGUAGAGCCCCCUGCAGUGUCCUGCCAAAGAGAAGUUCAAGGGGAGAAAAUCCAAUGGAGGCCUUGGCCUGUCCAACACUUUUUGCAGAGAUAGUGCGUGGGGGCACUGCUUCGGAUAUAGCAUUGCGCAGGCCACAGGGUCUAAUACAAAAUGAUACCCCCAUGUGCAGCAGUGAAACGGCCCUACGAGGUCCAUACCAAUCCACUCAAAAGGAACCUUCAUCAGUGGUCACAGGCACAAGGUGCUCUUGGGAUGGCCAGCUGGUUAGCAUUCAGGGCAAGACGCACACCAGCUGUGUACAUCCUUUCGAAUGCCAGGCCAAUAGAAUCAGGCCAUUAUCUGGUUUUGUGUUUUGUCACCCUCCAUGUGCCCUACCAUUGGGUUAUAAUGAGCCACCUGGAAAACAGUUUCUCUGUGGCCUUUUACCAGCAACUGAGUAAUUUCCUAUACAAUCUGUCCCUGAUUAAUGGGAAGAGUGGAUAUGCCUGCUCAGCGUCUGGGUGCACCAGUUUUUAUCACUUAGUCCUUGGCAAAGCGUAGAGUAUCAUCAUGAAACCUCCUACAAAUGCCUCGCCAGUGUCCCCUCCCCGUCCGCAGCAUCAGACAACCUCGCAUCACCACUGAGCUCAGCACACAUAUCCCAUGUCCUUAACAGUCAUGAAUGCGCCUCCAGUUAUUGCCCCUCUAACCUAUUAAACCCAGGCCAAUCCGUGCCCAAAAUUCAGCAGUGCACCAGAUGGGAGUUAAUUGCAGCCUUAACACUAUGCUGUUUCCCUCUUUGUCUAAUAUCCACUGACACCACAGGGCAGCUGUCCAUGCACCUAAGAUCCACAGAGGAUGCCUCCACCAAAGCCCUGAUUUGAACCAGGUUCCGGUGGAUUAUAGACAGCAAGAAUCCACCAUUGCCUGAUAUAUACACCCCUUAACUCCUUACUGGAACACUGUAUGUCACCCCUGGACCGGGGGAGGGGAGGGUGUAGGAAAGCCAACAACCCGGAUCCUGGUUCUCCAGGAUGAUCCUCCGAGAGGGCAAUGGCGGCCAUCAGGUCCGGCGGUCGGUGACUCCACACUCACUCUGAAGUCAAAGUCAGGAGUUCCUCCAAAAACUGCUCCAUCACAGUCUGCUUGAGCAUUUGUCCCUCACCAGUGUCCUCCCCCAGCUGCAGCUAACUGGUCACAGUGUCCGUAAGCUGCAGAGAUGAAGGGCCGGCCAAUGGACCACAGCCGGAUGGUCUGGAACUGACAACAGUGAUCCUCAGAGGAGUAGCCCAUCCAGUUGAGGACGGUUUUCUUGAUAGCCUGGAAGCUCCCCCACAUGGAGGUCGGCAGGCCCAGGGCUGCAGUCUGGGCUUCCCCCAACAGUAAGGGAAGUAGCCACACAGCCCACUCCACUGCCAGCCAGCCGCAUGCAACUGCCGUCGAUUUGAAUAUCUCCAGGAAACUCUGGAGGUCAUCCCCUGCUGCCAGUUUGUGCAGAGAGAUACCCGAGAGCGAGAGGGAGAUAGUGACCUUGCCCCUGACUGAGCCAGCAGUGACUGCAGCAGCUGGGUCUGCCUCUCCGUUAGCGCCUCUAACUGCUGCCUGUUCACCACCACUUGUUCCCGCUGCAUCACAGCAAUCUCCCCCAACAUCUGACCCAGAGCUGUAAAAAGCUUAAGAUGCUGCAGCUUCAUCAUCCUGUGUGUCGGCCUGUCCGCAGCUUCUCCGUGCUGCUCUCCCCUGCAUCUCCCC